AUGUCCAAUGUUAAUAAAACGCUUCCAAUUUAUCCAAAAAGAAGGAAUAGAAUCAGUGUAGUAUGUACCAAUUGUAAAAAGAAGAAGACUAAAUGCGAUAGAAACCUACCAUGUGGGACUUGUCAAUCUACAGGGAAAGAUGACACAUGUACGUAUAUCCACAAAGUUUCAUUAAAGCAAGAUACAGAGACGGCGUUAGCAGAAUAUGGUUUUAAUAACGUAAGUUCUAAGAAAGGAGAAGAAGAUUCUAACAGUUUAAUGAAUGAUGAUGUGAAUGAUAUCACAGAUAACGUGAACGGAACUGACAUGGAUAUGCUAUCUGACCUGACCAAUAUUUCAACAGAAACGUCAACUACAAUGGGUUGGUAUGCAAAUGAACAACGCUCUUAUUUGAAUUUGGCUCCAUUUGGUAAAACAUCAGUGUUUAAACGAUCUUCCUUUCACCAGCACUCCAUCUAUAGUAAUUUGUCAAUGAUAAGACAGGAUAGGUAUGCAGAUAUUUUUACCACAUUUAGAUCAAUAAUUGUUAGAAAAACGGUUAAAGCAUAUAAAAAGGAUAAUCAAAAAAGUGAUUCUAUAGAAUUUCAAGUUGAAAAUGGUUCAAACAAUCUAGAAAAUACUGUCACAGCUGUAAAUUAUGAUAAAAAUUUACAUAACUUAAAGGUCAAUGAAAUAUCAGUGACUUCAAAGGACCUUCCAAAAUCAUUUAGCAAGAUGGACGUUUUUGAAGGAAUGACAUCUUCUAAUAAAACCAGUUAUACGAACCAUCAGCUUAUAUAUAAAAAUUUGAUUGAUAAAUAUGGUACCAGUCGAAAAUGGGACAAUGACGAUAUUUUAAAUGGAUUUUCAAAUCUCAAUGAAUUUAUGGAGAACAAUAUGCCAAAUAAAGUAAAUUUCAUUGAAAUCAUUUUACCUUUCUUUGAGAAGUAUAUUCUUAAGUUGAUACCUGUUCUUGAUUGUCAGAUUCUUAAAGAUGAAGUUAUAUUAUUAUACGAAAGGGUUGGGUCUAAAAGCGCUAGUAUUAAACAGUUUGAUCAUAUAUUUUAUUGUAUUGUAUUACUAAUAUCAAGGAUUUGUCAGAUUUCUAUUAAAUACAGUAUUGGACAAUCGAAUAAUAAUUCAUCUGAUAUAGGAGAAUCACAACGCCGAAAUUAUAUUGAUAAUACUAUAUUGGAAAUGAGAAUGGAGAAAUAUAUUUCAAUUGUUACAGCUCUAAUAUUUAGAAAUAAGCUAUUAAGAAAGAGUACACUUUUUGAAUUAAUUAAUCUGUUGUUAUUACGAUUCUAUUACUGGAUUUCGCCAGAAUUAGGGGAAGGCCAAGAACUUGAACAAUCUCAGAUUCUUCAUUCACUUAUAGUUUCCCAUUGUAAAGAAAUUGGUGUAUCGUGGGACAUAAUAUUAUAUGAUCCAGAUUAUAUGAAAGUUCAUAACGAUUGCAGGCCGAGGUUGACUAAUCGAAAUAUAUACAAUUUACUUUAUAAAAAAAUAUGGGCAUAUGUGUUAUAUUUAGACAGAAAAGCACUUUUAUUAACUGGAGUUGAAUUCACUAUAGGUAAUUCAUAUUCUUUAAACGAUAACAUUUUAGCUUCAAUUGGUUUAAAUAAAUUUGAAGAGAACGGCGACAACUGUUGGUAUCUUAGAAUGAUGGCUGUCGAUACUCUUUUAUUUAAACUGAACAAUUAUCUUCAUGAAAAUUACACUAAAGUAAACUAUAAAAAAAUUGAAGAAUUGAUAAAUAAUAUUAAAAUAUUGAUAGAAAAUAUUGAGGUUCGUUACAACAUCAAUAACUGUGAGGAAUUAGAUUUUGAAUUAAAUUUAUUAAUCAAACAAUUUCGCAUGAACUUUACCUACAGUCAAUUAAUUUGGUUUGAAUUAAACAACGAUAUAAUAUUAAAAAAUGACACAAUGAACAAAUUAUUUAUUCUAGCGAUAGAAAUGAUCAACAUAUGUUAUAAUUACUUCCAUGGUCAGAAGACGAAUUUAAAAUUCAAGUACACUAAAUUCUAUCUUAACAAAUGCAUUGAAAUUAUAUUGAAUAAAGUAAUUUCCGUCAUUUUACAAUGUUUAAUUAUCAGAUUACCAGAGAAAAUCGAAGACAAUAUUGAAAACGGUAACAAAUGUAUAUGUGAUCGAUAUACACUAAUAAAAAUAUUUUUUGGAGUAUGCACGUUAUACUUCAAUGAAUUUGCAUAUGAUUACUACCGUUCAUUUCGUUCAAUGUUUAAUGCGAAGAUAUCUUAUAAAAUGUUUGGUACCAAUAAAUCCAAUGGUGAGAAAGAAAGUUUCACAAAAAAUUUCGAACUUAUAAUUGCUUAUUUAAAUUAUAAAGCGGAAAAACAUAAUACCACAGCCGUUUAUUAUAAUGAUACUAUGUUAUUAACUGAAAAACUUCCUUAUAUAAAUGAUAAGAAGAUCAUGACUGAAUUACUAUUAACUAUAACAGAAAACAAAUUAGUGUAUGAAGGAGAUAUUGAGUAUUAUAGGAAUACUGUUAAAGAUAUGACUGAAUGUUCAUCGUUUUAUCCAUUCAAUAUAUUUUUAACGAUUUAUAAUGAUGCAAAAUUAAAUUAUAGUUGUGGACCAAUAUCAAACACGAAGAUUAUUAAUGGGGAGAAAGAUACUAAUGGUCCUUUGAACGUAGAGAUAGAGAAUCUUGGAAUAGAUAAUAUGGACAUUACCAUUAACAAUAUAACUAGUUAUAGUUCUUCUAAUGUGGAUCAAGACCAAGAAAUGAACGUUUUUAUUAAUGAAUUAUUCGAGCCAAUUGAUAUCUUAACAUUUUUCUAG